AGACUUUUAAUAUGCAUUUAUGAAAGUCAAAGAGACCCUUACGCUCCUCAACUCGAAGAAGAAGGAACGAACGAUCUGCCUCUGGAGAGGUUAAAUAGGGUUUAGGUCAAGGAUACUCUCUUUCUCUUCAUUCUUCGAUUACUCUUUAUCAAAUUUCUUCAUCUAUAGUUUCGAUUUACGAUUCCGCCGCUCACCUUUUCAGCUUUCUAGAGAGAGAGAGUUAUGGCGCAGGCUGACGCAGGAGAACAGGAGUACGAGAGUGAUCCCGAAGAGCUGAAACGCUCAUUGGCGACUAGGCGGAGAGAAGCUAGUGAUGACGAGGACGAGGACGAUGAAGUGGUUAAGAACCAGAGGGCUGAGAUUGAUUCCGAUUCCGACCAAUCUAAUGAACAGGUUGAUAAUGACGAUAACAAGAGUGAGGAUGGAGAGGAUAGUUAUGACGAAGAAGAAGAAGGUGAUGAUGAAGAUAGGGAACUCGGAGAAGUCGAUGAUGACAGGACAGUUAAUUUGAUGAAGUCAGGUGAAGAUGAUGGUGCGGGGGGUCAUGUAGAUGGAGAGGAAGAUAAGGAGAAGCAAUCGUCUGCAGUUCCCACAGGUGGAGCUUUUUAUAUGCACGAUGACAGGUUUCAGGAGUUGUCUACUGGCCGAAGCAGGCGAGGGCGGGGUGGAAGGAGAUCGUGGGGAUCUGGAGAUGAAAGAAAAUGGGGACACGACAAAUACGAAGAGAUGAAUACUCAGGAGAAACCUCAUGAUCAGAAGACUUCUAGAGGUGGAUUCAGAGGUCGCGGUCGUCGAGGUAGGGGACAAGGGCGUGGAUACAGUAGAGGGAGAAGCUCUAACGCAUCCUCCAGCAGUGGACAUCAAAUUUUUGUUCCUAAAGAUACCACACGAGGGGGAGAGCCCAGAGAAGAUGAGAUUCCUCUUAGCAAAGGCAGUCAAGCACAUUCCAGUAAACCGCUACGAAAUUCUCGGGGGCGUGGGUCACAACAUUGGCAUGAGAAAAUAUCGCACCACGAUCCACGGCGUUCUCCAUCUGCCCCUGCUAAAACUGGGAAUGAGGAUGUCCAUACCAAAAAAAACGUAGUUGUUUCAAGUCUAAGUUCUGCUUCUCCUCCGUUUUAUCCUUCAGUGUCCUCGACUAACUUGGUACAUGGAAUUCAAGUUGGCAUGGAAAGACUCCAGACGAAUGAUAGUCCCACUUCUUCUGGCAAGAAGCUUAGGAAUACAAAAUCCGUUCAUACUGCCCAGAAUUUUCAGCCCACGAGUCAAGUUAGAGGAGCACCUGCUGCUGGGAACGUCUUUUACCCCCAAUCGCAUAGUCAAGGUGGCAGAUUUUCAUCCCCAAUGCAACUCAAUGGAGAUUCGAAAGGCACUAGACCUUCCGGGCAAGAUUUUGAGCAGCACUCUGCUGUCAUUAGACCAUUGUCUUCCUCUAGCCAGAGAACUAUCUCAUCAGGAAAUCAAUACGCACCUGGUGAAAUAGAAUCUGGGUCGGAUACAGGUGCAUCGUUUGCUAAGGGUAAAGGGACUCUCCAGGCUAGUGGAAACGGCUCUUUGAUGUAUAGUGGAUCUCAAGUGAUUGGGCAUGCUGAAAGUCUGGCAUCUGGUGACAAUUCUAAUUUCCCAGCUUUUCUGCCUGUUAUGCAAUUCGGUGGUCAGCAUGGUGGGGUUCCAACUUUUGGAAUGGCUUUUCCCGGAUAUGUCCAGCCUGAAAAUGGGAUCGGAAACCCGGAAAUGACAUGGAUGCCAGUUUUGACUGGACCUGGAGCUCUAGGUGCUUCGUACAGUACACCAUAUGCUGCUGUUGAUGGUUCCUACCAAGCACAUAAGCCAGGAUCCUCCAGCAGGGAGAAUAGUACAAACAACCUUGAUGACCUGGAGAAACCCUUGGAGAGGCCUGAUUUUACAGAGAGUGGGGUUUCAAAACGUCAGAACGGCAACUCAAGCAAGCAGCCUCGGAGGUACUCGGAGAUGAGCUUUAGCAAGUGAUCACAGUUGUUAGAAACUAAGAAGAAGGGAUUAAAGACUCCUUGGCUCAGGGCCCUGGUGCAUCUCCAAACUUCGUAAACAGCACACUUUAGACUGCAAUUGUUCCUGAAUUUCUUAGUUUUGUACGAUGGGAGGGAAAGAAUGAAAGACGAUACUAGGACGAUACUACUAGCUAGCAAAUAUAAAUGAAGAAAGUCGUUGUCUCAAGCCUUGGUCAGCCUGUUUUGUGUGAUCGUCUUCUCAUUUCUCGUAUGUAAUUCAUUUCUGUUUCUUGUAUAAGUUUGAUAACUUACUUAUGGUUUUGGUAAUGUGUUUUAUUCGUUGUAGAACGCUGUUUCUAAACAGGCUUUGAUAUAAUGAGAAAUGGUUAAUGGUUGUGACA